UUGUCAAAGUUAUUUAAUAUUUGCCUUGAAGAUCUUGAAGAUUUCUCUGCAAGAGAAGUUACAGUGAAAGAAGAAAAUCUGAAGCUAAGAUCAGAAAACCAAGUUCUUGAACAAUAUAUAGAAAACCUCAUGUAUGCUUCUAGUGAUUCUCAAACAAGUGACACAAAAAGAAAAACAAAAUAAGGGAUUGGUUUCCCUUCUGUUUUAUGGAAUUUCUGCUGCUCAUUUUUUUCCUUUAAAGUUUGGAUAAAUUCCUAAAAUUAUAGUACUUUUUUGUGGCUUUAUUGAAUAUUUAUGAAGAUAAUUGCAGAUCUAGGCAAAAUUAACUGCAUAGCAAGAGACAUCCAUGAGUUUGUGUAUUAUGUUAGUCUAUGAAAAUGUGCAAAUGUAUUGUAGAGACUUUAUAAUGAGAACUGCAUAUAUUUAUGAGACUUGAAAAUGAAUGUUUUAUCAAAUUUGCUUUCAUAUAUAGGUUUAGCACUAUCUUUUCUUAUAUAGGCUUAGUAAAAUAUAUAAGAAAAUAACCACCAUGUUGUGAAAAAGUGAACAAAGUCACGUACUAAAUGCACAGCUUUAUGUACCCUGUCUCUCACUUGUGCCUAAAAUUUCCCCUCCCCUAAGAGAAAAAAAAAGAUUUCACAUUUGGAAAAGUAAUUUUAAUAGCUAAUCACUUUUGAGUGUAACCUGACUCUAGUUGUUGAAACUCAACAAAAAUAAGAUACUCUGUUAGCUAGGGCUUGUCCUGUGUGAUAUUUAAUAAUGAGAGAGGAUUGCUGGUUUGUCUUUAGGCAAUUGGAAGAUGGACUAAAAGUAUAAAAUGGACUCAUACUGGGAAGAUUUGUUUAAAUCUUUAUUUUGCAUGAAAUUUAUUUUGCAUGAAAUAACCCACUUGUUACCUGGAAGGAUAAGGGUUCUGAUCAUGUGUGUGUUCAAGAUAGAAAAUCUUGAGAAAAAAUAGAAAUGGGGCAGGACUUGGACUUUGUUGGCACUAGGAUGUCAUGUGAGUAUUUUGGAUGAAUACACUGAAGAAAAGGUGAAAAAAAAUGAAGCCUCCAAAGAAAUCACACCUUUGGGUGAUGUCCUUUUGACAAGAAGACUUUGCCUUUGAGUAAAAUUGCAAGAUCAGUUGCAGUGUUCAUGUUCACAAUUUUUGUUAUUAAAAAGCUCAUUGUAUUCAGCGAACCAAAAAUCAUUGCUGUUUAUAACAAAAAAUCCUGUUUAAUGAUUUUUUCUGUUGACAACUCAAUAAAUUCUUUGUGGAAUUUUUUAAGAACAAAAUAAUUGGAAACCACCUAACUUGCAAAAGAAUUCAUUAUCCUCCUGUUACAGCCAUUUAUAUUUUUUUCAGGUUUUUGGAAUGUAUAUGAAAAAGGCAUUAUUAGUGCUACAAAGAUUA